AAUGUCGUUAGAGAGGAGGUGUGGCAAUAUUUGCCUGCAGAGGUGUUAGGAGCAUUCUAUUUUCUACUGUAAACCACAGAGAAGGACCGUUAACCCAGGGAAUAUCUAGAGAAAUACAGAAAAAAAUAAAUGAUACCAGCUGUUUGCCAAGAAUACACUGAGACAGUAGGCGAUAUAGGAUUAAAGGCUUUGCAUCGCAUGUAAACAGGUUUAUCUGCAUAAUCAGAUCGACUGGAUCUGACAAACUCAUCAGCCUCAUUCUACUUCAAAUGCACAAGAGUGUGUAAUAGAGGAUACUAUGUCAGGGUCUUACGAUGAGACAGCCACAUCGCUGGAGGACACAACAGACAGCUUUUGGGAGGUUGGUCACUACAAACGAACAGUGAAACGGAUUGACGAUGGACACCGUCUAUGCAAUGAUCUGAUGAACUGCCUGCAAGAUCGAGCUAAGAUAGAGAAAGCAUACUCACAGCAGCUGACCGACUGGGCCAAACGCUGGCGUCAGCUUGUCGAGAAAGGUCCUCAGUAUGGCACUCUAGAGCGAGCAUGGUGUGCUCUACUAACAGAGGCAGAGAAAGUAGGUGAGUUGCACCAGGAUGUAAGGAACCGCCUGGUGUCAGACGAUGUUGAGAAAGUGCGGAAUUGGCAGAAAGAAGCUUUUCACAAACAAAUGAUUGGGGGAUUCAAGGAAACCAAAGAAGCUGAAGAUGGAUUCCGCAAGGCACAGAAACCUUGGGCCAAGAAGAUAAAGGAGGUAGAGGCAGCUAAGAAGGCUUAUCAUAUGGCAUGUAAAGAGGAGAAUUUGGCAAGUAGCCGAGAGGCUACUGGGAAGGCUGAUGCUUCUGUCACAGCAGAUCAGCAACGCAAACUGCAAGACAAAGUAGAAAAGUGCAAGCAAGAUGUGCAUAAGGCACAAGAACGCUAUGAGAAGGUAUUGGAUGAUAUUCAGAAAUUCACCCCACAGUACAUGGAAAGCAUGGACCUGGUAUUUGAACAAUGCCAACAGCUGGAAGAAAAGCGUCUGGUCUUCCUCAAGGAAAUUCUACUAGAUAUCAAGCAUCAUCUUAAUCUUGCAGAGAGCAACAGUUAUGCAGCAGUGUACAAUGAACUUGAGAAAUCAAUCCAAAGCUCGGAUGUGCAAGAAGAUCUGCGUUGGUUCCGAGCAUCCCAUGGCCCAGGAAUGCAUAUGAAUUGGCCACAAUUUGAGGAAUGGAAUACAGAUUACACUCACUCAAUUCCCAGGAAAGAGAAAGCUCAAAAAGUGGAAGGAGGUGCUCUAACUAAUGUUAUGUCUACGUCCGAUAACAGUUCUCAAGGAGGUGAUCGAGGAAGUGUGAGUAGUUAUGAAAAAGCUCAACUCUACACUGCUGAUUGGUCAGAUGACGAGGGUGGCAGCAGCCCAUAUCCAGCUGCAGACUCUAAUGAAGGAACUAAUCAGUAUGAUGAAGAGUCAACAUGGAAAGUUCGGGUUCGAGCAUUGUAUGACUAUGAAGGACAAGAGCAGGAUGAGUUGAGCUUCAAAGCAGGUGAAGAACUGACAAAGUUGGAGGAUGAAGAUGAACAAGGCUGGUGUAGGGGGCAACUGGACAAUGGGCGCCAAGGCCUGUAUCCAGCAAAUUACGUGGAGCCCAUUUAGUCCACCUGAAAAAAAGUUUCAUGUUCAUUAAUUUACUCUCUGCAAAAAAACUUUUAUCCCACUUCACCGGACAUUCAUGUUUGACCUUCCUAAACUGCAGAGAUCCUAACAACUAAGAAGGCAAUGAAUUAAUUGAAUGCAUAUCACUGGGCAUAACCUUGAAACUGCUAUACAGAUUUCUAAACUGUAUACCAUAAUUAUGCAGUUCUUCCUUUAAUUGGUAGAGGAUGUUGAAAAUAUAGAAAGUUGUUCAGAUGUUUAUUUUAUUUUAUUUUAUUGUAAUAGUGUUUAGCAUUUAUUUCAAAGGAAUAGGUGUUCAUAAUAUUAUUGUCCAAAGAGAGAAAGGUUGUUCGUCAAAAUGUGUAUAAAAAUAAAUUUAAUUGCUUAAUAGAGAUUAGUAAAGUUAGCACUCUCA